AUGCGUUUUAUUCGGACCUGCUGUUCGGUAGUACAGUCCUCACAUGGUACGCCAUCAUCACCCUUCAAAAAUUGUGAAAGGCCCGACGUGUGGUGUCAGUAUUAUGAUAGACCAUCUCAGGAACCAAUUGAGUCAACGUCUGUACUUCUUUUCCCCGGUCAAGGUUCACAGUUUGUUGGGAUGGCAAAAAAUCUUCUUGGAGUUAAAGGCGUAAAAGAAAUGUUUGAGACCGCCAGCUCAAUUUUGCGAACAAAUUUACUAAAGACUUGUCUCGAAGGGCCGGCAGAGAAACUGAAGCAGAACAUUCACUGUCAGCCGGCCGUAUACGUUACUUCCUUAGCUGCGGCAAAAAAAUUGGCUAUAGACUCCCCAGAAUUAGUAGAAAAGUGUGUAGCAGCCGCUGGGUAUAGUGUUGGUGAAAUCACGGCUCUGGUUUAUGCUGGUGCUUAUACAUUUGAAGAAGGGUUGCACUUAAUUCGCGUACGUGCUGAGGCAAUGCAGCGUGCUUGUGAUCUCAUUCCCGGUGGAAUGUUAACUGUUCAACUGUCGCACGAUUCUCAACUUCGAAUUGCUCUAUCUGCUGCAGUGAAUCAUUGUAAAGAGGAAUUGAAAUUAAAUGUUCCUGUCAUUUGCCAAGUCUCCUGCUUUCUUGGCCCUGAAUGUAAGGUUAUUGCUGGAAAUAAUGAGGCCUUGGACUACAUCAUGGGACAUGCCCAACACUUUCGCUUGGGGCCUCUUCGAAAGCUCGAUGUAGCAGGUGCCUUUCAUACACCUCUGAUGCUUCCUGCUGUAGAGCCUCUGAAACAUGCUCUCCAACGCGUUGGUUCUGCUCGUACUCCGUGCAUCCCCGUUGUCAGUAAUGUUGAUGCGGAACCUUAUGGAAAGGGCUCUACGGUUUCAUUCCGCCUUACCAAACAAAUAACACGUCCAUUGUGUUGGGAGCAGUCAUUGCACGCGUUGUUUAGCCGUCCUGAUGGCGCUCCUUUUCCGCGAAUUGUUGAAGUUGGUCCUGGUCGCCAGCUAGGUGCCACUCUUCGCAUGGUGAACACGAAGGCCUUCGCCCGCUACGAAUCCGUACAGGUUUAA